GGAUUAAGGAAGGCUACAAUAGACUUUAUUUCCGCAGAAGCAGGAUAAGUUCUAGGUUAUUUCAAGUAAAAAGAGUUGCCUUUCCUUGAAGGAAAGAAGUGUUAUCGAUUAAACAAGCAUAUUAGACCAACAGAUGCUGGAUCACUAACUAUCUCUCAGAAGGUUUGUAUAAAGUGUACCUACAUUUUUGUUGGACAUCACUCAAUAAUUGUUGAAACUUAUAAAAUCUUCACUAGAUGGCAUGUGCGACGAUAGAGUGCGAAGUUUGUAACGAGAACUUCGACUCGGGCAACCACAAACCCCUUUGCUUACCCUGCGGCCACACGUUUUGCUUUUCUUGCAUUACAAAUUUACCAGGACCCUCUGGAACCCAAAUUUGCCCAAAAUGUAGGAAACAACUCCCACAAGAAAUUGGUCAAAUGACGGUCAACUAUGCAUUGAUUCCUCCAGAAAACACGGCUAGCCCACAUCCCCCGCGCUCGCUGUCAGAGUCGCCGUGCCUCCAUCAUGGGAAGGCGCAGGAAUGCCUGUGCGUGGACUGCAUGGAACUCGUGUGUUCCACGUGCAUUAUGGACACUCAUAAAAAUCACGCAUUUGAGUCAAUAGGCGACCUGAUGCAGAAGAAUCAAGCUGUUUUGAACUCGUGGACAAAAAUACGGACCACAAUACACGAUAAACUCGAGCGCGUGAAUAACUUAGUCUCCAUGUCAGAUGAUAUCUUGAGUUUGAUUGAGGAAAUCAUCAACCUGAAGACUGAAUUUCAAGGAUGGAAGGAUUCGCUGCUGGUCCAGCAACUGUCGACAGAACAAGACCUCCAGGCCUGGGAUGCCCCGGCCAACGGUGUGAAUGAGAACUGGCGUCAUGAGUGCAAAGAAAUUCUUUGCCGUCUAAAAUUGAAACCUACAGAAAUUAUGGAGACACAAGAGAUCAGAGCGAGGUUGUUUGCAGCUUUGAAGAAAUGUGAUUCGUUACAGACAUAUGAGCUUGCUACAUAUGAGCACGGGGUGCCUUGGACAGUCGCCAGCUGCGAUGAGAGAGAGCGAGCUGUCGCCAGCCUGUCCAACAACAUCAAGCCCAGUCGCCUUGUGGCGCUGUCCACCCACACCCGCCCCAUCCCGCAGCAGGGGGAGCUGCUGUCCCGCCUCGCCGCCCACCACACCGGCGACAUCAGCCUGCUGCCCCUGGACUCUUUCUGGAGGCCAGCAGGGCAGUUGGAUGAAGGCAUGGGAGCCAUCAUCAACAAGUCAGGGGAUGGGCAUGUUGUUGACCUCUACAUGAAGGACUGCGUGCCCCCGUUGGGACCAGCGGUGCCCAGUUACGCCCAAUUGCGUAGGGCCCCGCGCCUAACUGCGGAAAAACAAUUGAACGAAGAACACUCUGACGAGGAACACUCUGACGAGGAACACUCGAACGGGGAAUUUUGCCGUUGUUUCUGAUUUUAAGAUCGGGAAAGAUUCGAAAGCUUCAAAUCUUCUUUCUAUUUCUUAAGGCGUUGGAGGAUAACGAAAAGUGAUUGGCUGAAAUGCCAGGGGGAUAAGAUUUUAUGAAAAAUGAAAUUGUUAUUCUUGAGCCUGUAAAACUGUAAGAAGUGAUGCUGAGAUCAGGAAAUGUCAACAUUAUUACAAAUAUUACCAUUAUUGCAAAUGUCACCGUUCUUACAAAUGUCAAAAUUGUUACUAAUGUUACCGUUCUUACACAAGUCAACAUUAUUACAAAUGUCGACAUUCUUACAAAUGUCGACGUUUUUGCAAUAGUCAACAUUAUUACAAAUGUCAACAUUCCUACAAAUAUCAACAUUCAUACAAAUGUCAACAUUCUUAUAUAUGUAAACAUUCGUACAAAGGGCAACAUUUUUACAAAUGUCAUUAAUUAGACUGUGUUUUUUGCGGGAUUAAUUUUGCAGAGUAUAUCUCUUUAUAGGACUGAAUAGAACAAUAAAUGCGUGAUUGAAUUA